AUGCAGAGCCUCACCCGGUUUGCUUGUGAGUCAUAUAGCAGCAAAAAAUCAACAGAGGAGGCGCCGCCUUUUUCAAAAGAAGAAGACGAAGAAGAAGAAGAAGAUGAAGAUGAAGAAGAUGAUGAUGAAGAUGAAGAAGAAGAUGAAGAUGAAGAUGAAGAUGAUGAUGAUGAUGAAGAUGAAGGAGAAGGAGGAGAUGAAGAAGAAGAAGAAGAAGAAGAAGAAGAAGAAGGAACAGCAAGAGGAGGCUCAAAAGAUGAAAAUGAAGAAGAAGGAGCAGAAGAAGAGGAUGAAGAUGAUGAUGAAGAUGAUGAAGAUGAUGAUGAAGAUGAUGAUGAUGAAGAUGAUGAUGAUGAAGAUGAUGAUGAUGAUGAUGAUGAUGAUGAUGAUGAAGGAGGAAGAGAUGAAGAAGAAGGAGCAGACGGUGAAGAAGGAGGAGGAGAAGGAGGAGGAGGAGGGGGAGAAGAAGAAGCAGAAGAAGAGCAAGAAGAUGAAGAUGAAGAUGAAGAUGAAGAUGAAGAAGGAGGAGGAGCAGGAGGAGGAGGGGGAGCAGGAGGAGGAGGAGGAGGAGGAGAGGUAGAAGAAGAAGAUGAUGAAGAAGAUGAAGAUGAAGAUGAAGAAGAUGAAGAUGAUGAAGCUGGAGAUGAAGAUGAAGAAGGAGAAGAAGGAGGCAGCUCCUCCCGCACAUCCUCGCAGCCCCGCGUCAGCAGAGCGGCGGCCUGA